AUGUUCUCAUAACCUCAUUUUUUAACCAUUUAUUUACAGCCCCAGUUCUCUCUCCCCUUUACGCCUUCUAAUUAUUAAAAAAAGUGUAUUUUUGUGGAAGUUUGUGAAUUUUGAGCAACAUGUAUCAGUGACUGUGACAGUUCAUAAGUCAUCCUUAAUUCUCUUUGUUCACAGCAGCAUCAUGAGUGACAAUAACUCGCCCAAACCCAACGAUACCUCUAGCUUAAGGAACCUACCUCAAUCUUUUCAUUUUAAUCCACGAAUGAGAUCACCUGGAAAUAAUUUAUCACCUUACACACCUCGUAAAACAAAUGCUGAUAGUUCAGAUUUCAUAUCGUUCAGUAGCUCUAGUCCAGCUGAUAACCGAAAUCAUUCCUUCAGGCACUUUAACAAAACUCCAUAUAUGAACCGGGGGAAGUUCAGAUCGAAUCGAAGCCGAAACAGUUUUAGUUCUCCUAACACUAGUUUCAACUCUAGUCGUAAUAGCAGUUUUAGUAGCAUGAAUAGCAGUUUCAACAGCUCCCAGAACUACACCCCAUCUUCACAGAACUAUGACUCCGAAGAUUGGGAAGACUCAGAAUCUUAUCGAUCCAUGUUUGGGAACCCCUGGGCCUCCUUGGAAAAUGAACUAAAACAAAAGUAUGGAGAUAGAUUGGAACCAUUACCUGAUAUUGCAGUCCACCGAAAAGAAGAAACUUAAAGAAUGGAUGCUACUCCAGAUGACUGUAGGUUAAAUUGCCGAAGGUCAACUUCCAUCACAUCAUCUCUCGUGUAUGGAGAACAACUAUUUCUUCCUUAUUUUAAGGUGGAAUAAGUUUUUGUUUCUUUUUUUCAUACUAAGCCAAUUUUUAAUGCUCAAGUUCUACUUUUUACACUGUCAUUCAAUCACUAAGUUUCCUGACCCAACCCACCAUUUGAGUAUAGGUAUCAAUUUAGCCUCUUUGAACCCUCCUAAGGUAGUUCUUGUGACUUUAUUUUAUUUAUUCACUUGAGUAAUUCAUUUUAUCUCAGAAUUAUUCCAAGGUAAUGUUGGUUUGGUACCUUUUUUGCUGAUUUUAAAUUAAAUUAAUUUGUUUCAAAUUUAA